AUGCCGACAUCCACAUCCCCAACGGACUUGACAAGCGUCGGCUAUCCGACCCUAGGCCCAUCAUGCACUUCGACGCCCGUAGACACAGGGAUCCUCGACAACGGAGACUUCGAGACGGGCUUAUCGCCGUGGAGUCUAGACCUAGUCGACCUCUUCAGCACAGACUACGCCCUGAUAUCCUCCUCCUCUUUCCCCCCAGGCCGCACCUCCUCCUCCGGCGGCGCCAACGGGUCCUGCACGGCCUUCGAAGUCCGCAUGGCCGCGAACCCACAGACCCAAGACCUCCGCGAGAACCUCCGUCUGCGGUCCGACCUCGUCUUCAGCCGUCCGGGCGCCGUGCUCCGGAUCGGGUUCUACGUGCGUUUCGCGGAGCGCAACGCCGCGCGCCUGGUCCUCUCCGCGAACGACCGGCUCCUCCUCGUCGUCAGCGCGCUGAACUACGGGCCCGGCGGCGACGCGACGAACAUCACUACGAAUUCCACCUCUCUUUCCAUCCCCACGCCGACUCCUCUUCCAGGAAGCGGGGGAGUCAGGAAGGGCGUGACGGUAACCCCGUCCGCGGACGGGGGAUGGACCCAUGUCCUCGUGGACUACGAGGCGGGCGAUCGCCUCCUGCAGCUCAUGUUCAGCUACGAGCUCGGGAGCGCGCCCGGGAACACCGUCGGGCUCGACCAGGUCGCCAUCGACCCGUCUGCCGUCGUCCACCCGCCUCUAUCGCUGCCGCCGGUACCACCUCCUGCGACAACGUUUGCGACGACGACGACGACUAUGCGGAAGCGGGGCUGA